UUUUAGUAACUUUUCAGCACUUCCGUUUUAACAUUGAUAAGUAGGAAAUAGAGGCAACGCCAUUUUGAUGUUCUUUACCAGGGAGGACUCGUAGCCUUCAUCAUGAGUUCUUUAAAGCUGCAAAAGAGGCUUGCUGCCUCUGUUAUGCGAUGUGGUAAAAAGAAGGUCUGGUUGGAUCCUAAUGAAAUCAAUGAAAUUGCAAAUACAAACUCCCGACAAAGUAUUAGGAAGUUGAUUAAAGAUGGUCUCAUCAUUAAGAAACCUGUAGCUGUUCACUCUAGAGCACGUGUUCGUAAAAAUACUGAAGCCAGACGUAAAGGACGUCAUUGUGGUUUUGGUAAAAGAAAGGGUACAGCAAAUGCUCGUACACCAAGAAAGGAUCUUUGGAUUCAAAGAAUGAGAGUCCUUCGUCGACUCUUGAAAAAAUACCGUGAAACAAAAAAGAUUGACAGACAUUUGUAUCACUCAUUGUACAUGAAAGCUAAGGGAAACGUGUUCAAAAACAAGAGAGUUUUGAUGGAAUUUAUUCACAAGAAAAAGGCUGAAAAGGCUAGAGCAGAGAUGCUUUCAGAUCAAGCAGAAGCGCGUCGUACGAAAGUCAGAGAAGCGCGUAAACGUAGAGCAGAACGUAUUGCUACAAAGAAACAAGAAUUGUUGCAAUCUUAUCAGCGCGAGGACGAAGCAGCUGCAGCGCAGAAAAAGUGAUCUAAGAAUUUUACAAAUUAUUGUAUAAAUAAAGUAUAAAAAAGAAAAUUUGAAUUUUA